GUUAUAACUUAGCUAACAGAGUGCGUUUUUUUCAGGUAGACUAACUGAAGAGAAUGAGACUUUUGCUAGUUCUCUUGGCGGUGAUUGUCCUUGCAGAGGGUCGCGUCGCGUAUUGGGAUUUACCCUUUUGUAAGAUGUGCAAAGAUGUGGUCGGCCAGUUGAAAGGACAUGUUGAAGGAGGAGUUAGCGGUCUUACACAGUUUGCAACCAAGUUCUGUGGCAGCGUUCCCCUCAUUGGGGGUAUGUGCAAGAGCAUGAUAGCGGACAAUAUGGAAAAAAUUGCGGCAGAAUUAAAGAGCAACGUCGCGACGGAAAAAAUUUGCAUUCAUAUGCAAAUGUGCUGGUAAAUCCAUAAGAUUUCAAUAAAGACUUCACGCUCUGAUGUUUUAGCAGACACUAAUUCUCAAGUAAUUAAAAAAUUAACUGAAAUGGGAUGAUGAUGUGCAAUUAUGUGAGCAUUCCCACUGUGGAUAUUCUCAGCUAUCACUCGGAU